UCGCCGACUUCACAUCCUUCACAAUGUUUUGUUUCCUGUUUGCGCCAAACAUCAAAUUUACAGCAAACAGAACUAAAGUUCAUAACGUGUGAGUGUACUUUAAUUAAAUAUGAUUUAAGAUUAAACCCGAGCUUUAAUGGACUCGAGCUCAAAACCCUCUGCGAGACGAGAAAAGGAGAGUGUGACAGCGCCCCUCAGAGGACGACCGAAGUCUGACAGCGGCUCACUGACCUCCCACACGGAGUAUCCCUCGAGACCUUCCUUCACUAACACACCCCUGACCUUCACUAACAGAGCCGUCAGAGCCUUUCCUGAGAGCAGCGGAGCAGAAAUCCUCUCCGCGCUGAAGAACCUGCAGGAGAAGAUCCGUCGUUUGGAGCUGGAGCGAUGUGACGCUCAGCAGAAGCUCCAGACCGUCUCCACACACUCGGACCACACACACACAAACCACGAUCUGCUCUCUCAGCUGUCUGCGGCCGAGACUCGAUGCUCACGCUUGGAGAAACAGUUGGAGCACAUGAGGAAGACUGUGAGAAACACUGAAUCAGACAGAAGCGCUGUGCUGCGCCGACAGGUGUCUCUGGAGCGUCUGGGUUCAGCGGAUCGGACUGAUGUUCAGCUGAAGCUGCAGAAGCUGCAGAAGCUGGAUCUUCUGGAGCAGGAGUAUCACCGGCUGACGGAGACUCAAAGCUCCACUGAGAGGAAGAUCAGACAGCUGGAGAGGAAACUACAGGAAGAGGAACAUCAGAGGAAACUGGUGCAGGACAAAGCAGCUCAGUUGCAGACGGGUCUAGAAGCCAAUCGUCUGCUCAUCCAGUCAGUGUCUCCACGUCCACACAAAUCCAGCAGAAACAACCCAAAGAAGCUCACAGCAAAGAGAAAUCCGUCACAGCCGCAUUACAGACUCAGUCUGGGAGACGUGCCGUUUGUGACCGGGACGUCGACAGGCUCGAGUCACUCCGUGCGAGCAAACGUCCAGCAUGUCCUUCAUCUCAUGAAGCAGCAUCAUCCUCAGCUGUGUAACGAGCGAGUGCUGGGACACGCCCCCUCCACCAAUCACAGCGCUCGCCAGGCCAGCAGUAGCUCCUCCUCUUCCUCUUCCUGUGGCGAGGAGCUGUCAGAGCUGCUGCUGACGCUGCAGGACGAGUUUGGACGAAUGAGCUUCGAGCAGCAGGAAUUGGCCAGACAGAUCCAGUCGUGUGGUUCGAAUCGCUUGCGGCAGGAUUUGGAGCGAGAGAUGGAGACGCUGAUGAAGAGGAUGGAGAAUAAAGGAGAACAGAUCGCUAAAGUCCGGCGACAUCAAACUCAGUGCGGUCAGCAGAGCGGCGGGCCGCUGAAGGUCAGAGACGGUGGAGACAGUCUGCGUCUGCUGAAAGACAUGCGCUCGCUGCAGACCUCACUGCGCAGCUGGGAACACUGAGAGGGUCACACGAGCACGUCCAGGUCAAAGAGUUUUUCCCGGAGGUUUGAUUCGUUUGGAAAACAUGAUGUUCGAUGGCGAGCCGAACACAAUCUGAUUCCUGGAGAUGAGGCUCGCCCAAAAAUCCUGAAACGCAUCAUAUCAGCUGUUUUAUUAGUGUUUUUCAUGUUUUAUUACAUGAAGGGUUUAUUAUGUGUCGAGAAUAAAGGACAAAUGGUUGUUUCUACCUCAGAUAUUACCCAGAAUUCUUGUGCAGCUCACUUUACAGUAAGAUCUCGUUUCUUUACAUUAUUAAAUGCAUCAACUUGCAAUCUGUAAAUAUAUUUUUACAGCAUCUAUAAAUGUUAUUUAAUUUUUUCUUAUUUUGGUUUUCAGUGGAUUAAUAUUAAGAGACGUACCUUUUUAUCAAUUAUUUUAUUUUUGUAAUUUUAAAAUUUUUUUAUUUUUAGUUUAUUUUUAUUUUAUUUAUUUUCAUAUUAACUAAUGACGUUAACUAAUGUUAGCAAAUGGAACCUUACUGUAAAGUGUUACUUUUUUAAACAAAUCUGUUCAACAUUCCAAAGAUUCCAUCAUUUUUAGUUUUUAGUUUUUCUUUGGUAAAAUGAUUCGGUCUGUGUUAUAAUGUUUACAUAUUUCUGUCAGCAGUUAUUCUGUUUGUUUCCGUGAUAGAGUGCAAUGUGAGUGGUUUAAUGAAUAUAAUGCAUAAAAAAUACCUAUGAUGGAUUUUAUUUGAAUAGAGCAGUGAUUUAUUAAAGCUGCAGUUGAUUUUAGUGUGUGAUACGCUCAGACUCUUGCUUUGUGUGAGAAUGACUUUAAAUAUGCUUGAAAUAUUUAUUUUUACAGCACUGAAUAAAAACCUAAUUAAUGA